CUCAGAGUGGGCCCUUUGAGAAGUGGCUCAUACCCUUGUUCCUUGAUCCCGUGGGAGGAAAAUGAUCCUUCCGGCUCGCCAUACUUUCAGAAAUCUCGUGUUAGUGGGCCCGAAGGUCUCCAGGCUCUCCUCCCGGUCUUCGUCGGGUUUCGGCACCAUGGUUACAGCAGGGCCGCUCUACCCGCUGGGAGGACUUUUCUAUGACCGCGGCUUGCGCGGGAAACAGCUGUUGGAGGUGCUCUUGCCUUCAUUCUUGAGAGCGACUAAAAGGGCGCGUAUGGCGGGCAGGCGAGGGACACUAAUAGUUCUGGAGGGGGUGGACCGAGCUGGCAAAAGCACUCAGAGCCGAAAGCUGGUGGAGGCCCUGCGGGCAGAGGGACACCAGGCCGAACUGCUCAGGUUUCCUGAAAGAACAACAGAGAUUGGACGUCUGAUAAGUUCUUACUUGGAAAAGAAAAAAAAUUUGGAAGACCACACAGUGCAUCUACUAUUUUCGGCUAAUCGCUGGGAGCAAGUGCCGUUGAUUAAGGAGAAAUUAAACCAGGGUGUCACUCUGGUAGUGGACAGAUAUGCCUUUUCUGGGGUAGCCUUCACAAGUGCCAAAGAGAAAUUCUCCUUGGAAUGGUGCAAACAACCUGAUGUGGGGCUUCCAAAGCCAGACUUGAUCCUUUUUCUUCAGUUGAGCACAUCUGAAGCAGCCAAACGUGGAGACUUUGGAAAUGAACGAUACGAAAACAGCCCUUUUCAAGAGAAAGUUCUACAAUGCUUUUACCAUCUGAUGAAAGAUAAGACUUUAAACUGGAAGAUGAUUGAUGCUUCAAAGAAUAUAGAAGAUUUACACAAUGAAAUCAAAUCCUUUGCAGAGGAGGCCAUGCAAGAGGCUGAACACACACCCAUUGGGGAAUUGUGGAAAUAGAACUGGCUUAUAUUCUCUCUUUGGGUGACUCUUCAUCUAGCCAAAAUAUGCACUUUUCAUCUUCAGUGAAUAAUAAUUAUAUCUAUAGCUGUUUAUACAGACCAAAUAGAUAAAUAGUAAAACUAAUAAAUCCUAACUCUGUUUUGUUGCGUGAGCUGUUUUAGAACUGAAAAGCCUGUUCUUCCCUUAGAAGCUACUGGAGCUGAUGCAUGAAAGAAGCACUAUGCUAAGAUCUUUUUUAUGCCACUUCCAGAGACUUAUACAUCAGUCCAUAAUAACUGCUGUUUUCUUGAUUCACUUUUGUUUUAAAAAACUAAAUCCUUUCAUAAAGUGGGGAAGUAGUUUACCAAUAUGGGUCAUCUUUUCACAAAAAUGCCUUAAAGCAUACAAUGUCCAGCUUUGGAUGAUCGUAUCGUACACUACACUCAACUUCUAAGGUCCUCCUCCAGGUGCCUACUUCGAG